AUGAUCAAAUUUUUAGCAUUGGUGUUAUUAUUACUCCAACUAAUCUUUCUCACCACAUUUGCUCAAGAGCUUGAACCUGUUCUUUAUGAAACCGAUGGUUUUAGAUUUAAGCCUUUUGUCCCCUCUAAGCCUUUUAUUCCUUCUAAGCCUGGCCUUUUUAGGCCUAAUCCAAUUUCCGUCGAUGUCCCUAUUGUUAUGCCCAUUCCUGUUACUCCUGUCCCUAUUACGCCUGUCGUUGUUACUCCUCCUGCCCCUGUUACGGUUCCCCCAAUUGACCCUCUUGUUCCUGUACCACCUGCCCCUGUUGAGCCCACUGUCCCUGUUGAGUCUUCUAAUCCUGUUAUGCCCUCCCCUGUUGAACCUUCUACCCCUGUCCCUAUUACGCCUGUAGUUGUUACUCCUCCUUCCCCUGUUACGCUUUCCCCAAUUAUCCCCCUUGUCCCUGCUACGCCUGCACCUGUUGAGCCCCCUGUAGACCCUUCUGCCCCUAUUAUUGCCCCUGUUGAGCCUCCGGUUAUUCCAACAUUCCCCCCAUUGGAUGUAGCUGCUCCUUCUUACUCAUCAUUGCCACUGCGCCCCACUUACAUCUCUAGAAGAUUGAUGGCUGUUCACUUUUAA